UUUAAUUUCAGUGCAACUAUAAAGGUGCUUGCUAUAUAUAUAUUUAUUUAUUUUUUGAAAAUAUAAGUAGUCAGCAAUAUUGUGUUUGCUGAAGUCAUGUUUAAACCUGUUCAGCAUUUAAGUAUAAACAAGGAAUACAACUGUUGUGGCAUUUGCAUGUGACCUUGAAGUGAGCCGUUGCCAUGGAGCCUGACCCUGAUGAGCAGCUCCACCCUGGGGAGGAAGAUCUGGCUUGGUUUGAUGACUCUGUAAAAGGAAAAAAGCCCAAGGGUCUGUACAGCAAUGCGUCUGAGAAGGCGCGGGGCCUGAUUUCCACGGAGCGACAAUGCUCCAUGUUCUGUGGAGGGAAGAAGUGCAAGUACUGCAGCGGGGAGGGCUGGGAGCCAGAUGAAUACGCAAUCAAGGGACUCUACUCUCAUUGGGUGACAGACAAGAUACUGGCCAUGGCACGUCCUUCCAACUAUGGUAUUCAGAAUCACAGGCUUGUGGAUCAGUUUAAAGAGCAGGGUAUCAAGUCCAUCAUCAACCUGCAGAUUGCUGGGGAACACGGGGACUGUGGCCCCCACAAGCUAGAUCCCAGUGGCUUCCUGUACAACCCACAGGCAUUCAUGGAGCAGGGAGUUUUUUUCUACAACUUUGGAUGGGGCUAUUUUCGAUUUUCUUGGCCAGACUAUGGUGUGGCGUCCCUCAGUACCAUUCUGGACAUGGUGAAGGUAAUGCAGUUUGCCCUGACCGAGGGGAAGGUUGCCAUUCACUGCCAUGCUGGCAGAGGGAGAACUGGUGUGAUAAUUGCAUGUUACCUUGUAUUUACCAAUCGCAUCUCCGGGACUGAGGCUAUACAUUACGUCAGAGACAAACGGCCUCAGUCAAUCCAGACCAGACAGCAGAUGCAGGUGAUCCAAGAGUUUGAGCAGUACCUGCAACCCUUCCGCAUCGUGUUCCCACACAGGUCAAAUGUGAAGCAAAGCAGGCAUGGAGGCAGCCAUGAGUUCACACUCCAGCAGUUCCUCAAUCGACAACGACACGUCCUUCACGGCUAUGAGGCCCGCAGACUAAAGUUUGUGCCAAAGAUCAUCUACACAGUGUGUGAGCGAUUACUAGAACUUGCCAAAAAGGGGAGCUCUUUACAACGACAGUUGGAAAAGCGCCAGAAAGAUUCUCCCACGUUUCCUCACGUCAGUAAAACGUUCUCCAAUCUGUCCCAGAAUUCCAAUGGCUUGCCAGCCCCCAUCCAGCAAAGUGCUUCAAAAGACUCCAUAGCAACAGUGACUAGUAAGCGUAAAAAAGCCGGACUCAAAUUCUCUCUAAAGAAUAGAAUGAAGAGUAUAAGCAUGGAGGAUUUAGCAGACGACAAAUUCAAAUCAGUCAUAAACUCUGCUAGUGAUGCCAAAAUUGAAAACAAUUCCAUCUCGAGUUCAAACAGCUCAGGCGCAAUAAAUGAUAAUGAUGAUGAUGAUGAUAAUUCCAUAGUGUUUGGUAAUAGUGUAACAGACUUGCGCAUGGGUCAGUAUUCGUGCAGAGCUAGUGACACAACUUCACAGUCAGGUACGGUGGACAUGAGUAUUAACCACUCUAUCAUGACCGCGGAUAUGGCGGAGGAUUGUGUGCAGGCGGUGGCAUACGCUCUCUCUGCUGACAAGAUAGAACCUUAUGAAGUGGAGAGGGCUAAACAACAUGAGGAUGCGUUGAACACUUCUGACAGCGCGUGGCUGACGCUAGCUACGGAGGGGGACACUCAUGUACUCAGCCUGCUGCUAUGGGACUGGCUGGACCAGCUCAAGGAGCCUGUGUUGAGAGCCCAGGAUCUCCAGGUGAUACUGCAGCAUGUAGAGGAUCCCACUGUGGCCCUGCAGAAACUCGAGAAGGGCACCAGAAACACCAUAGAAUAUCUACUGAAGGUCAUAUCUAGACUGCGGCCCAUGAAGGAGGAGACGCUGGUGAACAUUCAUGAGAAGCUGCUGUCCCACUUGUGCCACCAGUGGGUGGUGUGUCAUGGCAUGGACUCCACCGACAGCUGGGCCGGGUCCACACGCAGUCUCACUGAGAACAUCAAGGAACACUGGGACGACAUGAGGCCCGAGAGGUCCGAGCAACUCUUUAUUUUCUUUCAUAGACUUCAGAUGGACCUGCAUGAUAGACAGCGGGCAAAGUUUGAAAGUUAUUGAAAGCUUUUGGAAUGGGGAGGGGUUUCCAUGAGUUUGCAGGUUUUUUGGGUUUUAUUCAGUCUACUGUUGUGUGGUUGUUUUUUGAUGACAGGGUGUUUGUGUGAUGAUAAAAUUAACCAGAAUGGCUUUAUGGAACAGGAAGAAAAAAAUAUACUGCUAUAUGGUGCAGUCAGCAUCACGUUGUAGGGUUUUCUUGUUAUAUAUAUUUAGGAGAAAGGAACAGAGCAUGCCAGAAUUUUUUUUGCUUGUAAGUGGAAUUUACAAAUUUAAUAAUAUAUUUUACUUUUAUUGAAAAUAUAUUAAAUUUGCUCUUCAAAUAUUCUCUGUGAUGUUUUAAGAUGGUGAGUUUCUUGCCUAAUGAACAUUUGGCUUAAUGCAUGUGCAUCACCCUCUGCAGUCGAGUGUGUUACCCUGUAGAGUCCACUGCAGUCGAGUGUGUUACCCUGUAGAGUCCACUGUGCAUCACCCUCUGCAGUCGAGUGUGUUACCCUGUGGAGUCCACUUAGGCUAAACAGGGCCCGUAUUCACCAAACAAUUCUUAGACUUAAGUCUAAGAAUAAAGAAAAUUCUAUAAAUUAGAAUAUUCAAGAAUUUCUUUAAUUUUGAGUCAAACUCUGCAGUAAACAUCUCUAUCUAUAUUAUUCUUUAUAUAGAACAUUUUGUUAAUGACAUAAUCACAAGUGGAGGCCUGUAUAUAUUUAAACACUGAACACAUUUUUCUUGGUUCUAAGUCUAUUCUUUAUUCUUAAGUCUAAGAAUCGGUUGGUGAAUACGGGCCCAGGACGAUUUAGAAGAGACUUCCUUCAAACAAAAACGUUUGCAAAGGCUAAUCUGGGAUGACACUUUACGAAAAUAAAUUAAGACCAGUUUUUCCAUAGCGCUGCUCAAAUAUGUUGCCAGUUACACUGGUAGAGAUGGGAUACUCUUGGAUGAGAACUGGCUCUGUUUAAUAGGGCCACACAUAUGUUAAGUUAUCACCCCUCUGUCCAUCAGUCUGUCUGUCCAUCCACAUUCAUGUUUUUAUUUCAUAAUGUUUAAGCUGUUUAUUUGAAACUUCAUGGGUUACUAGGUCUCAUUUUUUAGAGGGGCAGUGCAUUAGAUUUAUACUGUUUUUAUCAAGACCUCCGAAUCAAUUGCAUAUAGUGUGAGUAGAUCACUUUGUUCUCCAGUAAAGGAGCAAAAACCAAAAGUUCUCAAAUCUAAUAUGCAUGAGUGAGUGCCCACAUCUUUAAGCAUGCUAUAAAUCGGGCCCCCUUGCCAAUCCAAUGAAGAAGCUCUUGUUGUUUCUGUAAGAAACUGGUUUGUUUCUGUUUACAGGAUCUGUGAUAUUUUUUUCUUUGUUGUUGUUUUCUUAUCAUUAUGGUCCGUGCGGUGUCAAAAAGGGGAUUAAUGCAUGUGCAUAAAGUGUCGUCCCAGAUUAGCCUAUGCACUCUGCACAGGCUAAUCACUUUCUGCUUUUAUGAUUUUUUAUUUUGUAAAGAAAGUCUCUUCUUAAAAAAAUCCAGUUUAGGUGGAAAGUGUCAUCUCUGAUUAGCCUGUGCAGACUUCCCAGGCUAAUAUGGGAAGAUUCUUUACACACAUGCAUUAAACUCCCUUUUCACAGAGCGUGGCUCAAAUUUUAUUAAUACACGUGUUUAUUUCAAUGUCAAUGUUUCAUGUAACAAUGCUGUAGAUGACAUUGUUGAUACACUCUAAGUUUCAAGUGAAUCACUUGCAUUGUUUACAAAGCUUCUUUGAAUAAUUUACAUGUGAAAACAUAUGAGCUGGUUUUUGAGAAAACCGGGCUUAAUGUAUGUGUGCAAAGAGUUGUUCCAGAUUAUCAUGUGCUGUCCAAUCAGUCGAAUCACUUUCCUACUUAAAUGGAUUAUCAUUGAGAAAUGACUUCCUUUAAACAAAAAAUGCAGAUUAUCCUGUACUGUCCUCACAGUCUAAUCAGGGACAACACUUUCCUACUUAAAUGGAUUAUCAUAAUGACUUCCUUUAAACAAAAAUGCAAUCAAAGCAGAAAGUGUGGUCCCGAGGUAUUAUGUGUAACCUGCAGGCUAAUGUGGGAUGACACGUAAAGCACAUGCACCAACCCCAUUUUUCUCAGAAUAAGGCUCAUAUGUGAAAACGAGUCAUCACUGUCAAACUUGACAGACUAAACCAAUUCCAGGGUAACUGACAUACAUACUUUUUAAGUUUAAUUUAGAAACAAGUAGUAUUUUGUUGAUGCAAUUGCAUUCCUCUUGCAUUUUCAUAGCAUCUAUUACAAGACUGGUAACAAAUACAUAUUGAAAUACAUAUGCACCACAUUUUAAGGCAUAUGUUAUCUAUAAUAUUAUAGACAGUGACAUAGCAUAGUAAAGUGGAAAAACAUAAUUAAUAUUAUUUAAACUCUCUUUUACUAUCAUGUUAGGAAUCUUGCAUUUUUCUUUGUUACUGUUUGUAAUUUACUAUUUCAAUUUCAAAACAAUUUUCAAGUUAUAUUUUUCAUACCCCCACAAACGAAGUUUAGGGGGGUAUAUAGGAGUGAACUUGUCUGUCUGUCGGUCUGUCUGUCGGUCCGUAUUAGGUGUCCGCUCUCUAAUUCAAGUUGUUUUCAUCCGAUCUUCACCAAACUUGGUCAGAAGUUGUAUCUACAUGAUGUCUAGGCCAAGUUCGAACAUGGGCCUUGCCGGGUCAAAAACAAGGUCACCGGGUCACUUAGUGCGUUUUAAACAUUCAGAAUGUUGUCCGCUCUCUAAUUCAAGUAGUUUUCAUCCGAUCUUUACCAAACUUGGUAAGAAGUUGUAUCUAGAUGAUCUUAAGGCCAAGUUCGAACAUGGGCCUUGCCGGGUCAAAAACUAGGUCACAGGGUCACUUAGUACAUUUUACACAUUGAGCAUGGUGUCCGCUCUCUAUUUCAAGUACUUUAAAUCCAAUCUUCACCACACUUGGUCAGAAGUUGUAACUAGAUGAUGUGUAGGUCAAGUUUGAACAUGGGCCAUGCCGGGUCAAAAACUAGGUCAUGGGGUAACUAAGUGUGUUUUAAACCUCACCAUGUUGUCCGCUCUCUAAUUCAAGUAGUUUUUAUCCAAUCUUCACCAAAAUUGGUCAGAAGUUGUAUCUUGAUAAUGUCUAGGGCAAGUUUGAAUAUGGGUCAUGCCGGGUCAAAAACAAGGUCACGGGGUCACUUAGUGCCUUUUAAACAUCACAAUGUUGUCCGCUUUCUAAUUCAAGUGGUUUUCAUCCAAUCUUCACCAAACUCGGUCAGAAGUUGUAUCUAGAUGAUGUCUAGGUCAAGUUUGAAUAUGGGUCAUGCCGGGUCAUAAACUAGGUCACGGGGUAUCUUAGUGUGUUUUAAACCUCACCAUGUUGUCCGCUCUCUAAUUGAAGUAGUUUUCAUCCAAUCUUCACCAAACUUGUUCACAAGUUUUAUUUAAAUGACCUCUAGGACAGGUUUGAACAUGGGCCAUUCCGGGCCCAAAACUAGGUCACGGGGUCACUUAGUGCGUUUUUUAACAUUCAGCAUGGUGUCCGCUCUAUAAUUCAAGUAGUUUACAUCCGAUCUUCACCAAACUUGGUCAGAAGUUUAAUGGAGAUGAUCUUAAGGCCAAGUUAGAACAUGGGCCUUUUUUGGUUAAAAACUAGGUCAAGGGGUCACUUAGUGCGUUUUAAAAAUUGAGCAUGGUGUCCGCUGUUUUUUGUGAAGACGACAUGCAAAAUAUUAUGUGUCAAUGCGGCAUGUGGGGGUAUUCGUCACGGCUCUAGUUUUCUUUGAAUUAAAUUGUCAUUUAUUAAAAAUACAUUUUGCUAACUGUUAUUGUUUAUUAAGUACAGUCAUUUUGAUAUGUUUUCAGUUUUGAUAAUAUUUUUAUGUCCCCCACUAUAGUAGUGGGGGACAUAUUGUUUUUGCCCUGCUGUUGGUUGGUCUGUUGGUUGGUUGGUUUGCGCCAACUUUAACAUUUUGCAAUAACUUUUGCUAUAUUGAAGAUAGCAACUUCAUAUUUGGCAUGCAUGUGUAUCUCAUGAAGCUGCACAUUUUGAGUGGUGAAAGGUCAAGGUCAUCCUUCAAGGUCAGAGGUCAAAUAUAUGUGGCCAAAAUCGCUCAUUUUAUGAAUACUUUUGCAAUAUUGAAGAUAGCAACUUCAUAUUUGGCAUGCAUGUGUAUCUCAUGGAGCUUCACAUUUUGAGUGGUGAAAGGUCAAGGUAAAGGUCAUCCUUCAAGGUCAAAUAUAUGGGUCAAAAUUGCUCAUGUAAUGUCACUUCUGCAAUAUUGAAGCUAGCAAUUUUAUAUUUGAAAUGCGUGUGUAUCUCAAGGAGCUGCACAUUUUGAGUGAUGAAGGGUCAAUGUCAAGGUCAUCCUUCAAGGUCAAACGUCAUAUAGGGGGACAUUGUGUUUCACAAACACAUCUUGUUUAAAUAUGUAAACAAGGAAACAUACUGUUUUUAAUCAUUACAAUUUCCUUGUACAUUCAAAUUCAAAUAUGAAAAGAUAAUCACAAAUGAUAUGAAAGAGGAAGUUAAUCAGGCACCCUCUAAAUGAAUUAAUUAUAGAAGUCAUGAAUCAGGAAGAAACCCACUGAAAGCAAUAUUUAACAGAAAGGAUGUUUAUUUAUAAAUGAAGCCUGUGUGUGUUGGUAAAAACAUGAGGCUCAGUCUUACUUCCACAAUUUCCUGUACAAAGUUCUUAUUCAUCCUCUUUCUUGCACCUUUCCAAUAUCUUAGACCACAGUCAUGAAUUGAUCUGUGUUAUACUGUUAUAUACUGAUUCUAUAGCAGUAUUUCAAUUUAGUUAUUGUUUAAAUUAAAACAGAGCAUAGUAAAAUGUUAUUUUAAUUAAAAAACGGAGAAAACCUUAUGUAUGCAAGAACAAAUCAUUUUCGCAUUGUCUUUUCUGUACAACUUUUUUACUUUAGUUUAUUGACCAAUGAACUUCAAUUCGUCAAAUAAGCUUUAAUUUAAAAAAAAACAACUCAAGAGAGCAUUCUUAAGAUAUUCUCUGAAGACAUCUAGUACUGGUUUUACACUGUAAGCAGACUUUUGCUUAUCAGUAAGACUUAAGAUUUUAUGCAAUCAUGCUUAAAUUAAUAUGUUAACCAAUGUUUGAACUUUUUUUUUUGCAAUAGCUCUUGUAAACAUAUCAUGAAAACUAGUUUAUUCAAAUUGUAUGUUGGGGAAUGAUCAGCUUAUUCAAUCACUGGGUUUGUACAAAGAACUGUUAAAACUUAUUGUAGACAAAAUGUGUGAAGGUUCAUGUUUGAUUUAAUUGUUUUAAUAUUUGUAUGCAGCUGCUGUCACUAAGUGAUUAAUUUGUUAUAACUCCACGAACGAAGUUUAGGGGGGUAUAUAGGAGUGAACUUGUAUGUCGGGCCGUCUGUCUGUCUGUCGGUCGGUUGGUCUGUAUUAAGUGUCCGCUCUCUAAUUCAAGUUGUUUUCAUCCGAUCUUCACCAAACUUGGUCAGAAGUUGUAUCUAGAUGAUGUCUUGGUCAAGUUUGAAUAUGGUUAAUGCUGGGUCAAAAUCUAGGUUAUGAGUUCACGUAGUGCGUUUUAAACAUUCAGCAUGUUGUCCGCUCUCUAAUUCAAGUAGUUUUUAUCCUAUCUUCAUCAAACUUGGUCAGAAGUUUUUUCUAGAUGACCUCUAGGCCAAGUUUGAACAUGGGCCAUGCCGGGCUAAAACUAGGUCGUGGGGUCGUUUAGUGCGAUUUUUAACAUUCAGCAUGGUGUCUGCUCUCUAAUUCAAGUAGUUUUCAUCUGAUAUUCAUCAAACUUGAUCAGAAGUUUUAUCUAGAUGAUCUUAAGGCCAAGUUAAAAUAUGGGCCUUGCCAGUCAAAAAAUUGGUCACAGGGUCACUCAGUGGGUUUUAAACAUUGAGCAUGGUGUCCGCUCUCUUAUUGAAGAAGUUAACUUCUGAUCUUCACCAAACUUGGUCAGUAGUUUUAUAUAGAUGAUCUCAAGGCCAUUUUUUAACAUGGGCCAUGCCGGGCCAAAACUAGGCCACAGGGUCACUUAAUGCAUUUUACGCAUUCAGUAUGGUGUCUGCUCUCAAUUUCAAGUACUUAUCAUCCGCUCUUCACCAAACAUGGUCGGAAGUUUUAUCAGAUGAUCUCUAGGCCAUGCUGGAACAUGGGCCAUGUCGGGCCAAAUCUAGGCCACGGGGUCACUUAGUGCGUUUCACACAUUCAGCAUUGUGUUUCCUAUUUCAAGUACUUUUCAUCCACUCUUCAUGUGGGGGUAUUCGUCAAGUCUGUGACAAAGCUCUAGUUAGUGAUUGGAGAGAAUACCUUCACAAAGAAACAAUUAUUAUACAUGAAAAUGCACGGGUCCAAAUUUAUAAGCAUUGGAAAAAAUAUCAUUUGACAAUAACUUUCUUUAACAUAUGACAUAUGGCAUAUAAACAAACGAAUUAUGUCAGCCCAUUGAUGCCAAGCUUUUUUCUCCCUUUAUUUAGAGACACAAUUUUGUAUCUAUGUAUACGUUGGAGAAAUAAAGCAUUGUUCUGACUGUUCUGUUCACCUUAACUCACCAAAGAGAAUUUAUUACACAUGUCAUGGUUACAACAUUUUAAUUUUGUUAUUAAUUUUGUUCCAUAUUAUAUUUUGUUUAUGUUUUAUUUAUUAUCUCUUUGAAAUUAAUUUAGAUUGAUAUUUGAUGCAAUCAAAACACACUAGUUGAAAAUUUGUUGUGAAUUUUAUUCUUAUGAAAUAAAUUUAUAAAAAUAUA